AAGCUUCCAAUUUUCAGCAUCACAAACUGACACACCACACCUCCUUCGCCAAUGGCUUCCAUGUCAUUCUCUUCAAUUUUCUCGCCACCGCUGCAGAGUGUAGCUCUCACUAAACUGCACCUCAUCACCAAUUCCGCGCUUCCGUUUAUCGAUUCGUCCAAUCGCUCGACUCUCACCUCUUCCAAAUCAACGUUUUUCCGAGAUGGCUUCCCCGUUUUAUCCCAAUUUCUAUCUAGGUUUUCAAUUAAGUCUCGAUCCUUUGCCUCUAUUUCCGCCAGAGCUGCUACGGAGAAGACAAUUCAUGAUUUCACCGUUAAGGAUAUUGAUGGGAAGGACGUUGCGCUCAGCAAAUUCAAAGGAAGUAUACUCUUAAUAGUAAAUGUUGCUUCACAAUGUGGUUUGACCUCAUCAAAUUACACCGAGCUUUCUCAAAUAUACGAAAAGUACAAAUCUCAAGGACUCGAAAUUCUGGCCUUCCCUUGUAAUCAAUUUGGCGGCCAAGAGCCAGGAUCGAAUAGAGAUAUUAAGAAUUUCGCUUGUACACGGUACAAAGCAGAAUUCCCAAUUUUUGAUAAGGUUGAUGUUAAUGGACCGAAUACCGCUCCUGUUUAUCAAUUUCUGAAGUCGAACGCUGGAGGAUUUCUAGGUGAUUUGGUUAAAUGGAAUUUCGAGAAGUUCCUGGUGAACAAAGAUGGUAAAGUAGUCGAAAGAUAUCCACCUACAACCUCCCCACUGCAGAUAGAGAAGGACAUCAAGAAGCUUCUUGCAGCAUGAGUUCCACGUAUGCAUACAUCACGUGCUCAUGCUCACCUGUUACCGUGUAUUUUCUCUAACUCGAUGCUCUCUACCUUCUCUUAGUACAGUUCGAUGAAAUAAAUCCUUCGUCUUGUGUAUAUAUAUAUCUUGUUUAUCGGAUUAUGGAACAUGACGCUUUGGCAAAGUUACCGAUACUGAUCCCAUGUAGAGAAAACCUAUCAUUCCCAUGGAUACUUAACACUUUGCUAUUUCUGGACUUAUUGUCUAGUGAAGUCGUUGUUUAUUUGUGA